UCUAGUUCCGCACGAGCUAAUAAAUCAAGAUGACGGAAACGCUAUAAGAAGUUGUCUCCGCGGUCUCAAUGGUUCUCAGGCUAUCGAGUUCCCUCGUCAUGCUAUCCACCUUCUUUUUAUUUCUUCUUGCGCUGACCAAUAUUAAUGUAAGCGCCAGCCCGCUUGACGCCCGUUCCAUUGCCGCCCGUUCCACUAAGCCCGUCGUCGCAACUUGGUACGGCGGAUGGCAUGCGACCGAAGGAUUCCCGCUCUCUUCAGUUAGCUGGAACAAGUACAACACGCUGUACUACUCAUUUGCGUGAGCUACCUGUAUUGGCGCAAACACAAAUAGCUUCAGUUGACGCAAUCAUGUCUGUUUCUCUUAGAGAAACAACUCGUGACGUCACUAGUCUGAGCCUGACAGACUCUGAUGGCGAGUUGCUCCCUCAAUUUGUCUCUGAGGCCCAUGCACAUGGUGUCGAGGCCCAUAUUGCUAUCGGAGGCUGGACUGGGGGUAUUUGGUUCUCUUCUAACCUUGCCAGUGCCAAAAACCGGACGGCGUUUGUCCAAACUGUGGUAGAUUUUGCUUCAAAGUACAACCUCGAUGGCGUCCAAUUCGAUUGGGAGUCCCCGAACGAUCAGGGAAUCGGCUGUAACACUAUCAGCGCGAACGACACGGCAAACUUCCUCGCAUUCCUCCAAGAGCUUCGCCAAAACCCAAAAGCGAAAAAGCUCGCCCUCUCGGCCGCCGUAGGACUAGGACCCUUCUUCGAUGCUGCUGGACACCCUUUGACAGACGCCACUGGGUUUGCGAAAGUCCUCGAUUAUGUCGCAGUGAUGAAUUACGACGUUUGGGGUUCUUGGUUCCCGACCGUAGGGCCUAACGCACCGUUGAACGACUCCUGCGCCGCGUCCGCCAACCAACAGGGUUCUGCAGUUUCUGCAGUCAAGACUUGGACGGACGCAGGGAUGCCAGCCAACCAGAUCGUACUCGGUGUCGCUGCCUACGGUCACUCAUUCAGCGUUCCUCCCUCUGACGCAUUCGAGUCCUACACGAAGAAGCUGGCUGCAUACCCCGCCUAUAAUGCCUCUAACCAGCCCUUGGGUGAUGCAUGGGAUAACACCGGUUCUGUUGACGUCUGUGGCGUUUACGAGGCCCAAGGUGGCACUUUCAAUUUCUGGGGCCUCAUUGACAACGGUUUCCUCACCGAACGAGGCGUGCCUGCUGAUGGUAUCUACUACAGAUAUGACACUUGCAGUCAGACGCCAUAUGUGUACAACGAGACCUCACAAGUCAUGAUUUCCUUUGACAACGUCCGAUCAUUUGCUGUCAAGGGCAAAUACAUUAAGGAUACCAAGCUGCGCGGUUUCGCGAUGUGGGAGGCGGGCGGCGAUUACAAAGAUAUGCUCCUCGACUCUAUUAUCGAUGCUUCGGAGUGUUCUUAGACCACUACUCACUUUAUUGUCUGGAACUACGGUGCCGGAUCACAUUCGUUGACAUGGAUCACUACGUUCGUUUCAUACUUGAUCGCAAUCACGGUCUUUUCCAGUAUUAUAUUAGUUGUCUGAAAUGACUUUCCCUUUGUUCAGUACGCGACUGCCGCUGCAUCUUUCGUUACAUAGUUACAGUCACCUUACAGUUUGAGUAGUUAGUUUAAUUCUUUAGUGAGUUCUUGAUUCCUAUUCGAACUCGUAUUGUAAAUAUUUCCCAAUCUCAGUGUGUUCUCCGAUGACUCUACCCUGCAAUGGUAACUUUCGUGGCAGUCUCCCUUCUCUUCC